AUGAAAGUCCUCGGAUGGAUUUGGGAGGGAGCUGAAGACUUCUCAGUGGCAGAGAAGUGGUUCUCCAAGGCGUACGAAAUGGGUUGCGUCAACAGGGGCCCGGAGAAUCCUGCAACGUUGGUCGACUUUCAUGAACUUAAUCGGGUGCGAGUAAAAUUGAAAGACGGAGAGAGCGUGCCCGAGGUUCAUAGCGAUUGCGACGAAGACGUCUUUGUGGAGCUUCACGAGGGAAUCACACGGCUACGGUUGCAAGGAGUUGAAGAACUCGAGAACCUCGGGAUACCCACUGAACCGUGGAAUGUGUGGCACAAAGACGUUCCUGUUGCAAAAAUUGACACCAAUUAUCCGAACCGCGAGACCGUGGAGGAGACUGUUACGCCAACCAACAAGACGGCCAGCGAAAAUGACCAUCAGAAUCUUCACCCAGUCGAUUUCGCAGACUCUUUUAACAGCACAGUCCCCGCACCAGGGCUGAUCUGGGACAUCACCAACACUAUUGGCUCUUGGAAUGAGCCUGGUUCGCCAGCACCCGUGCAGUCUUUGGAAAGCCUUUUCCCAGAAAGAACCCUUGGUCUACUUGGCGACGACAGAACGGGUUUCGUGUCGACUUCGUUGACUGUUGCAGAUGGAUUCGGCAACGAAGCGGUAGCGACGUUCAUGCCUGAGGAAUCCACAUUUCCACCCUCGUUGCCAGCAAGUGGGCUAGAUUUCAUGACUGCAUCGCCAUACAUUGGGACUCUCCCUUUGAUCAACAACGAUCCCGAGUUCCAUGAGUUCGACAAUGCCGAGGAUGUAGAGGACGACUCCAACAUUGAUCCGACGAUCCUCGACCCCGACGGUAAUUUCAGCUCCUUCGAUCUUGGUUUCUUCGUCGACGUUGACGUGCAAGAAUGCCACGCCAUUUAA